GGUGGGUCAAUAUAGAAUUGUACUUCAAACCCGAUUUAACCAUUGAACUCUCCUCUCCAUCUCUCUAGUCUCUGACGUUUGAUCUGAGUCAACUCGCCGAAUUCAUCUUCACAAACUAGCACAAAAAGCAGUGGUAAAAUGAGCCAGGUGUAUGAAGGAUAUGAAAGGCAGUACUGCGAGCUCUCUGCAAAUUUGUCGCGAAAAUGCAAUUCUGCUGCUGCUCUUCUAGAUGGAGAGAAAAGGAAACAGGAGAUUUCUGAAUUACAAGCGGGACUUGAGGAUGCUGAUGUUUUGAUUCGGAAGAUGGAUCUUGAGGCCAGAAGUUUGCAGCCAAGUGCGAAAGCUACUUUACUUGCUAAGCUUAGGGAAUAUAAAUCUGAUUUGAAUAAGUUGAAAAGAGAAGUGAAGAAAUUGACUAUGCCUAAUUCAAAUCAGCCUGGAAAAGAUGAGUUGUUAGAGCCUGGAAUGGCUGGAAUGCACGAGGCUUCUGCAAAUCAAAGGGGCAGGUUGGCACUGUCAACUGAGAGGCUGGACCAGUCGACAGACAGAUUAAGGGAGACUCGGAGGACUGCACUGGAAACAGAAGAUAUCGGGGUAUCCAUCCUUGAAGAUUUGCAACUGCAACGUGAGACACUCUUACAUUCGCACAACAAGCUUUACGAGGUCGACAGCGCGAUUGACAGAAGUAAAAAGGUAUUGACGUCCAUGUCAAGAAGGCUGAGCAGGAAUAAGUGGAUAGUUGGCUCCAUAAUUUUCGCACUUAUACUGGCAAUCAUCAUUGUCCUGUAUUUUAAGAUUUUUCAUUGAGUGGCUCAACUUGAGUUGCCCUUCAACCCUGUAUCUCGUCAUGUGAUUACUCAUGUAUUGAUUGAACCAAGUUGUAGAGCAUAAUCGGUUGAUGACCAUGUUACUGUAUUCUAGUUAAGUACCAGCUCAUACAUAUUGCGAUGAACUUCAUGUAUAUGUUACAAUUACUCUUCAACCAAGUCUAUGUGCUGCCAGUCUUUGUUCUUA